UGGUUUUCCGCGAGCCGCUUGAAAAGCCAUGUGUUGCUCUCGCGCUGCAUCACAUCACUUCCCUGCCGCUUCUGCAACAUGUACCACAAGACGCGAACGCAGACUAGUUUAAAGAGGAAGGUCAAACUAUAAAAAGAACAACUCUGAAACGACGAUGGCCGUGCUGGCGAAUCACAGAGUUUGGAGAUCCGGGGAUUCUCGCAGAUCGGUCGUUUUAUCACUGGACCAGCAGCACGGAGCGACGGACACACUCAUCCUAACUCGGCUCUGAAGAUGGAUUCGGUGUACAUCGCUAUCGAGCUGGUGAUCGCCGUGCUGUCGAUCGCCGGUAACGUGCUGGUGUGCUGGGCCGUGGCCAUCAACUCCACUCUCAAGAACGCCACCAAUUACUUUCUGGUGUCUCUGGCCGUGGCUGAUAUUCUGGUCGGAUGUCUUGCCAUCCCUUUCGCCAUUACAAUAAGCAUCGGUCUGCACUCAGACUUUUACGGAUGCCUGUUCCUGGCGUGUUUUGUUCUGGUACUGACUCAAAGUUCAAUAUUUAGUCUUCUCGCGGUGGCCAUCGACAGAUAUCUGGCUGUAAAAAUUCCCCUAAGGUAUAGGGAGCUUGUCACAGGGAAAAGGGCAAGAGAGAUCAUUGCUAUUUUAUGGAUCUUAUCCUUCAUCAUCGGACUCAUCCCAUUUGUGGGCUGGAACCGUAAAGACUUGGCCUGCUCCAUAAACGAAAGCAACUCGACACAGACUAACAAUGGCAGCGACGGCGGCGAGAUGGAAACGGGCUUCUUGCAAAGCUGCUGCCUCAAGUGCUACUUCGAGAAAGUGGUGGACAUGAGCUACAUGGUGUACUUUAAUUUCUUCGGCUGCGUGCUGCCCCCUCUGCUCAUCAUGCUGGGCAUUUACGUCAAGAUCUUCACGGUGGCGCGGAAACAGCUGCGUCAGAUCGAGCUCAAAUGCAGCGUGAGCAACGGCGAGAAUCAGCACCACGGCCUGCUGCAGCGGGAGAUCCGGGCCGCCAAAUCGCUCUCCAUCAUCGUGGGCCUGUUCGCUCUCUGCUGGCUGCCCGUGCACAUCCUGAACUGCCUCACUCUCUUCUACAGCGAGCUAAAGAAGCCCGGCUUCAUCAUGAACAUCGCCAUCAUCCUCUCACAUGCCAACUCCGCCGUCAAUCCCAUCAUCUACGCCUACCGUAUUCGGGAGUUCAGAGUCACUUUUAGGAAGAUUCUGCACCGCCAUUUCUUUUGUCGACGGGACGAGUUGUAUCACAGCUCCAACGGAAGCAGCUGUCACAGAGACCAGAUUACAGUGACCAUUGACCCUCUGCUUUAAACCUCUUUGUCAAACUAUAGGAGAUAAGUGUUUACAGAUCAAAGAACUGCAGACUCAUGUGUUGAGUCAAAGUCUAGUGUGGCCCACUAUCCGUCAAGACAUUGUGGACACAUUUUCAGAAUUUAACAUUGAGCUGUGAAAAAAACAACAACAACAACAACAACGUGUCACUACAAAUCUGUGGAAAUAUUUAUAGACUGCAUUUCCAUCAGAUGUCUGCAGCAGCUAUAGGUCAAGCCUUAGCGCAGGAAUGAAAGCUAUGAGUGGUCGCUGGGCCUUUUGAAACAACUAUACCACAUAUGAGAAACCUACAUGAGGAUCAUUUUGGGCAGCUUUAGUUAAAUCUUCAGUGAUGAAGGCCCAGAGGAACUAUCUGAAUUCAGAAGGCGCAUCAGCCGCGUAUGCCGUCGUGGAACAGAGGACGCAAAGAAACCGUUUCUGAAGGCUUGAAUGUAUUAGGACCUUUUGUUGUUUUUAACCGUUGAGACGGCUGGUUUAGACUGCUCAGGAACACACACGAGGUAAAAGCAUAUUUAAGAACCCAUAAUAGAAAGAACAAUUUAUGAAAAAUUACUUUUUUUUCAUUAUUUAAAAUGCACUGCUGGUCCUUUCACAGCUCCACUUAACCCAACAAGUUCAGAUUUGAAACCUUAAUGACUCCAGAAAAAUAUACUGGGUACACAGUGUCCCCAAUACUAUUUACAAGUGUAUUGCAUUACAUAACAAAAAGUGUCAUAAUUCUCUGUAUGGGUUUAUUUUUUCGUAUGUCAUAUCAUAUCAUAUGUUUCUUUAAAACAAAUACCACUUGCCACUUUGAUGUUUUGUUAUCUAAUGCAAUUACAUUCAGAUUUGUUUUUUAUGUUGCUGAUGUGUACAAAUACUCUUUUGGGUCAGCAUGUUACUAAAUGACCAUGACACUCUCUUUCCUUCUAAUAUCUACACAGUGGGUGCAAAAUCUGAGGCUUCUUUUUAUUAUUACUUUGAUACUUUGCAUUAUAUCAUCAUAAGUUAAGCUGCAUGAACAUCAUAACCUCCAGUACGAUUCGAGGUGGUCCAAAGAAGCUUUACUGAAACAACAACAACAACUGAUAGCCUACAGAGAGUCAGAUAAUCAAUGUUACUCAAUGUUAACUUAUUUAAUUAGUGACCAGAAAAUAUCCCUUUUAUAUAAUGCUUCUUUCUUUACACUUAAAAAAAAAAACCCUGUUCGAUUCAUAACUGGCUUAUUCAAUAAUUUGUUAGUCAAAUUAGAUUUUCACCAGGUUUUCACUGUGGUCUCGGCUGUUUGGAGCUCUUGCUAAUGUGUCACAGCCCUUAGGAAUCAGUUUGUUAUUUAAUGUCUGACUGUGACAAACUACCCAGACUGAAACAACAGCAAUUGACCUGCAGCAAAGACUGUCUCCUCUGGAGAGAAAUUUACAGUGUCUCUACUGGAGCUGGAUAGUUUAUAACUCUCUGUAGUGCCAAUACUGCCACGCUACUCUAUUAAUCACCAAGCACCUUUACAGUAUAACUACAGAUCGAGACAGAGGCCUGCUGUUCAUUCAUCAGUUUCCUAACUGGCUAAUAUAGAACACAUUUUGAAGAAUAACAAAUACGAUUAUGCAAUGAUUAAAAGCUCAGAGCUGUGGCAAAUGGAUUAGAGUGUCUCAGUCUGGACUGAAAUAGGUCUUCAUCCUAAUCUCAGUUUCUCUUCACUAGUUUUUCUCCUUAUUAUACUGUAUGUUAGUCCAUACAAAUAGGCAAAAUAAAGCUAUAUCAUGAUUUUUCAAGAACCCUGAGUGUAUUUACACCUUGUGUCAGGUUAUAUCAUCUGACACAAGUGUAGGUUUCGUCAGUGCCUUACUGUUCUUUUGAUUACUGGACAAACAGUUAAAGCAACAUCAAACUUUUUUUUGCACUUUUUUCUGAUUUGGCUCUUUAUAAAAAAAACAUGUAUUGGCGUUUGGAUGGUUUAUUCUAAUAUCUUAUGUCUUUUUGUGCAUAUCUGGUUGUUUUGCCAUCACAUGCUAGGUUUCAGGUGUACCACGUCAUUAGUUGAUUUUACAUGCACUGAUUUUUGUAAAUGGGAAUGAAUGCAAUCAGAUUCAGAGAACUUUUGUUGACAUGCGCAUUGCAUGUAUUCCACACAACUUUAUCGCAUAUACAGAGAUCAGACAGAACGAAAGGCACUGGUGAAAAAAGCAGUCUGUAAGACAAGAAACAUAAGUAGACUCAUAAGAUGUUAAAUGGAUAUAAAAAUACACAUCAUGGCGCUGUGCAACAGCGAUUAUCCUUUUGGAUUUAAAUCUACACCACUCCUUUCAUUUGAAUGGGAAUUUUAUUCGGAUAAAUGUAGGCAUUUACAUGAACACUUCAGUCUGACUGAGCCAGUAUAAAAAGAUUAUUUGGUUGAAUGUAAAUGUAUCUAUUGGUUUAUUUACUAUCUGCAGCAUAGUAAAAUAAGGACACAUAGUGAUAAUGGUCUAACAUAAGUUAAUAAGGCCACAUUUAGUUAUUAUUUUGAAAUAAUUACUGUGUAAUCGUAUUUUUUGGGAGUGAAUUGCAACUGUCCCCAGGUGAAAAUGCGAAAAAGCAGCAAGCAGUAAAUCUAGGUCUCUUUUUCCAGGACAUACCUUGGCUGGGAUUUCUAAUUUACCUAAAAUAUGCAGGUUUUCUUAUUGACAUGCUGUCAAUUUUUUCUGUAGCUAAAGCUAUUGGAAACUACUAUAAAGCAAGUAUAAAGCCAAAACCUAACUUUUUUAGGCACUUCGGAAACUCUGAUCAGGAUAGUUCAUGCAAAAAUGAAAACUCAUCAUUUACUUAACCUAAAGUUUUUUUAUUUUUGUCCAUGUGGGUAACCAAAGAGGUGAUGGCAGCCAUUGACCUCUAUAGUAUUCUUUACCAUACCAUAAAAAAAUAGGUCAGAAAAAUCGAUCACGACUGUGAUGGUCAUAUUGUUUGUUUGCUACAAUUUUCAUAUGAACAGAAAAACGACUUAUUCCUGGAAACGGUGGUUUAGGACAGCGUGGACUCCAUCAGCUCUGGUUUCGGUACCUGACUCAAACUGACAGAUGCACUGAUGCUUUCGUCCCUGACAGUGACAUGCCUUCCCCAGCCGCAGCUGUGCCAACGGUUUCUAUUUAUUGAGGGGAAGAAAGACACUCUUUAGCAGUAUUUUUGUGAUUCGUAGUCUCUAAAUGAUGUAAAUGUACAGAUAUUUGUUACUGCUUGUAAGGGCUAAACUACAGGAGUGUGCCAGACAUCUUGGACAUUCCAAUGGAGACAAAUCUGUACUGCACUGCAACCGUGUUAGCUGGUGUUUUAUUCCUUUACUGAAGUACUGUCUGGUGAAAGCAGUAAAACUAAAGGCCUUUUCAUAACCAGUCAAGCGUACCUGAAUUUUAUUCCUGCCUUUGAAGCAAACAGAAAAGUGUCUGUGCUUUUUAAAUGUUUUAAUGUUUUUGACGUGUGUGUUUAUCACUAACCUACAUACACUGUGAUGUUCUCUUGUAUGUGUUGAAGGAAAAUAGUUUCGCGACGAAAUCCUUUCGCAUCAAAAUGGAGUCUUGUUAUUUAACAUAAAUAAAUCUCUAUGUAUGGUGAAUUAUUUUAUUAAUAAAAGCUGUUUAUAUAUC